AUGGUGUCGUUGACGAAAGAACAAUGCGGUGGAACGACCGCGAGGUACGCUUGGACGCAGAGCGAAGAUGAGAUCGUCGUGAGCUUCGCCGCGCCCGCGGACGCGACGUCCCGCGAGUGCGAGGUGACGCUGACGUCCACCGCGGCGACGGUUCGCGUGCGAGGACAGACGCUGCUGGACGGGGAGUUGACUCGGGCAAUAGUGAAGGAUGAUUCGUAUUGGGAGCUGGAAAGCGACGGUUCGCAGAAGGUGCUGCGACUUUCGCUGACCAAGCUUCGGCGGACGUGCGCCAAGUUUCACUGGCCGAGCGUGUGCGUCGGGGAACCGGAGAUCGACGUCGCCGCGUUCGGCGAUCCCGUGAUGGGGGUGACGGGAAAUUUGAACGGCGAUGCGAUGAAGACGAUGAUGGAGGACGUGGCGGCGAUGCGACGCGACGCCGAGAAAAAUUAG